AUGUUGUUUAGUGCUGCGUCAUCAGCAUUGUCCGAUAAGGACGGUAAGGAGGAAUGGGACCGGAUAGUGGGCGGCACGAAGGCGCCCAACGGUUCUGCUCCGUACCAAGUGUCGUUGCGGUAUUUCGGAACAAGACAUUUUUGUGGAGCAUCCAUUAUUACCACGAGGGUCAUUCUAACAGCUGCACAUUGUGUGGACAGAAUGAAACCUCACUACCUAAUAGCGGUUGUAGGCACUAACCAAUUGAACUCAGGUGGUACAUUAUACCCUAUACGGAAAAUUGUUCGUCACGAGGACUAUGAUAAUCAGGUCAUCAAGAAUGAUAUAGCUUUAGUAUUUACACUGAUGGAAAUACGAUUUGGGCCGAAUGUCGACGCGAUAGAAUUGAACAAUGAACCGGUAAUGCCCGGGGAGAAGCUGCUCCUCACUGGUUGGGGGACCACGUCUUACCCAGGUAAGGCGCCAAAUGAUCUAAUGAGGUUGGAACUCAACGCGGUGUCUUUUGAAGAUUGCCAAGAGGCACAUAAGGAUAUCAAUCAGGUGUUUGAGACGCAGAUAUGUGCACUGACUAAAGAGGGGGAAGGAGCUUGUCAUGGUGAUUCUGGCGGGCCCUUGGUGAGGGAAGGCCGGCAAGUGGGCGUCGUUUCCUGGGGCUUACCGUGCGCCAAAGGAAAGCCAGAUGUUUACACUAAGGUAAUGUUAGGCUGGUUAGUGGCUAAAGUAUACUAA